AUGGAUCCCGCAAAAGCGCCCGUCGAACCCCCCAAGAGACGCCGCAUCGGUGUCCUCACCUCGGGUGGUGAUGCUCCUGGUAUGAAUGGAGUGGUGCGGGCCGUCGUCCGUAUGGCCAUCUACUCCGACUGCGAAGCCUACGCCGUGUUCGAGGGAUACGAAGGUCUGGUACAUGGAGGGGAUAUGAUCCGUCAGCUGCACUGGGAAGACGUGCGGGGCUGGCUCUCCAAGGGUGGCACACUGAUCGGGUCGGCUCGCUGCAUGUCUUUCCGGGAACGCGCGGGUCGUCUCAAGGCCGCGAAGAAUAUGAUCCUGCGGGGCAUCGACGCGUUGGUGGUCUGCGGUGGUGAUGGCAGUUUGACCGGUGCCGACGUCUUUCGCUCGGAAUGGCCUGGGCUGCUGGAGGAACUGGUCAGCCACGGGGAAUUGACGGCGGAGCAGAUCAGGCCGUACACAGUGUUGAACAUUGUCGGCCUGGUGGGUUCGAUCGACAACGACUUGUCCGGCACAGACGCCACCAUCGGCUGCUAUUCCUCGCUCACCCGCAUUUGCGACGCCGUUGACGACGUUUUCGACACAGCCUUUUCACACCAGCGCGGUUUCGUUAUCGAGGUCAUGGGUCGGCACUGCGGCUGGCUGGCCUUGAUGUCCGCCAUCAGCACCGGGGCCGACUGGCUGUUCAUCCCCGAGAUGCCUCCGCGCGACGGAUGGGAGGAUGACAUGUGCGCCAUGAUUACCAAGAACCGCAGAGAACGCGGCAAGCGUCGCACGAUCGUCAUUGUCGCCGAAGGUGCUCAAGACCGCAGUCUCAACAAGAUCUCCAGCUCCACCAUCAAAGACAUCCUUACACAACGCCUGGGGCUGGAUACCCGUGUCACCGUGCUGGGACAUACUCAGAGAGGAGGACCGGCCUGCGCAUACGACCGCUGGCUGUCGACCCUGCAGGGCAUGGAGGCCGUGCGCGCCGUCUUGGACAUGAGGCCGGAAUCGGCUUCGCCCGUCAUCACCAUCCGUGAGAACAAGAUCAUGCGCACGCCCUUGAUGGACGCCGUGAAGGAAACCAAGGAGGUGGCGCAGCUGAUCCAUGAGAAGAACUUUGAGGCGGCCAUGAAGCUGCGUGACGCUGAGUUCAAGGAGUACCAUUUUGCCUAUCUCAACACCGCCACCCCCGAUCAUCCCAAGAUGCUCGUCCCCCAUCACAAGAAAAUGCGAAUUGCCAUCAUCCACGUUGGUGCCCCCGCCGGCGGGAUGAACCAGGCCACCCGUGCGGCGGUCGCGUACUGCCUCACCCGGGGCCACACCCCUCUGGCCAUCCACAACGGCUUCCCCGGUCUGUGCCGACACCACGAUGAUAAGCCGGUCAGCUCAGUGCGCGAGGUCGAGUGGCUGGAGGCGGACGCGUGGGUCAACGAGGGCGGUUCGGACAUUGGCACCAACCGCAGCCUGCCGUCCGAGGACAUUGAGACUACGGCCAUGUGCUUCGAGAAGUACCAGUUCGACGCGCUGUUUGUAGUCGGUGGGUUCGAGGCGUUCACGGCCGUGAGCCAGCUGCGGCAGGCGCGCGACAAGUACCCGGCCUUUAAGAUCCCCAUGGUCGUGCUGCCGGCGACGAUCUCGAACAACGUGCCGGGCACGGAGUACUCGCUGGGCAGCGACACGUGUCUCAACACGCUGAUCGAGUUCUGCGACGCCAUCCGGCAGUCGGCAUCGUCGUCGCGGCGCCGGGUCUUCGUGAUCGAGACGCAGGGCGGCAAGUCCGGCUACAUCGCCACCACGGCGGGUCUGGCGGUGGGCGCGACGGCCGUGUACAUCCCUGAGGAAGGGAUCGACAUCAAGAUGCUGUCCAACGACAUUGACUUUUUGCGGGAGAACUUUGCCCACGACAAGGGCGCGAACCGGGCGGGCAAGCUAAUUUUGCGUAACGAAUGCGCGUCAAGCACGUAUACAACACAGGUGAUCGCGGAUAUCUUCAAGGCGGAGGCGCACGGGCGGUUCGAGUCGCGGGCGGCGGUGCCGGGUCAUUUCCAGCAGGGCGGCAAGCCGUCGCCGAUGGACCGGAUCCGGGCGCUGCGCAUGUCGAUCAAGUGCAUGCUGCACCUGGAGGCGUUCGCGGGCAAGACGCCGGACGAGAUCGCGGCGGACCCGAUGUCGGCGACAGUGAUCGGCGUCAAGGGGUCGCACGUGCUGUUCUCGGCGAUGGGCGGGCCCGACGGGCUGGAGGCGACAGAGACGGAUUGGGAACGCCGGCGUCCCAAGACUGAGUUCUGGCUGGAGCUGCAAAACUACGUCAACGUUCUCUCGGGGCGCGCGGAGGCGGGCAAGAACAUGUGGACGUGCUAUGAGAGUAUGCCUCCUGUCGUGCAUGAAGAUUCAAGUUAA